AUGACAGACGACUUUAUAAAUCAAAAAGCAUCCCUACACUUUGUCAUUAUUGACGAUAGUGAUAGGGAAUUGGAUUCAGAUGAUGAAAAUAAUCCAAACCAACAACAAGAUGAUAAAUCAUCAUAUCGAUCAUUUGAUGAUAAUUGUUCAAGUUCACACAAUACCGAGGAGAUAUUUGAUUAUAGUGAAGAUGAUGAUCAAGAUUAUUAUCGUGAUUUCAUUGACCUAUCAUCACCAUCAUCCUAUGAAAGUAAUAAUGGAAUGGAAUUGGUAUCAAAAUCACAACUGGAAAAGAAAUCUACCAAAAACAACAACAACAACAAAUUCAAAAGAUCUUCUGCUGCCUAUACCUAUAGAAAUGGUAGUAGUAGUAGUUCAAUGAUUACAAAUGGUACCAAUAUCAAACAAUUAAAUGAAAUUAUAAAUAGUUUUACAAUCAAUGACAAUUAUUUAAAUGAUUUAUAUCAAUCAAGACUAGAUGAAAAGGAAAAAGAAAAGGAAAAUGAAAACGACGAAAAAGGAUUACAAAUCAUUCCAACCAAUAAUAAUAAUAUAAAUAGACCAAUAACAAUAGCAACCUCUACUACUACUACGAUAACAAAAAAUUCACCUACUUCAUAUUCAUCAUCAUCUAAAUACGAGAGCUAA